UGGACCAAGUCUUGUUUUGAGUGCUUCGACGAGGACGUCGUCAUGCCAUCUACAAAGUUCCUUCCGCUGCUUCCGGUUGCAUUGGUGCCUUUCUACGCAACGCUGCUCUUCAAGGCUGCGCACCACAAAGCGCCCCUCGUGCGACUCACCUUUGAAGAGGAGUACGAUUACAUAAUAGUUGGCGGUGGUUCAGCCGGCGCAGUGGUGGCCAGUCGCCUUUCCGAGGACCCCGAAGUGAGCGUCCUGCUGCUGGAGGCAGGCCGGCUGCCCAACCUCUUCCUCGACGUGCCUCUCUUGGCGGCCGAGAUACAGCAAACAAAGUUCGACUGGGCCUACCUCACCGUGCCACAGGAGGCCGCCUGCUUUGGACUAAAGAACAGGCAAAGCCGGUGGCCUCGGGGCAAAGUUCUGGGCGGCUCCAGCGUGCUCAACUACAUGCUGUACAUCCGGGGCAACCAGCGCGACUACGACCGCUGGGAGCAGCAGCUGGGCUGCGAAGGCUGGGGUUGGAGAUCCGUGCUACCGUACUUCGUCAAGUCUGAGGACAACCGGGAUCCCGGGAUCGCCCACAACGGUUACCACGGCCGAGGCGGCUACCUCACAGUGUCGACUCCUCCGUACGCGUCUCCACUGGCGCACGCCUUCGUCGAAGCGGGGGAGACCUUGGGAUACCCCAACAUCGACCUCAACGGACCCAUUCAGACCGGAUUCGCCAUUCCUCAGAGCACCUUGAGGCGAGGCGCCCGCUGCAGCACAGCCAAGGCCUUCCUGGAGCCAUGCAGGGGACGGCCUAACCUGCACAUACUAGUCCGCGCACAUGUAACCAAGGUUCUGUUUGACGAGAACCGAAGGGCCCGCACGGUGUUGUUCCGGUACAGGAGGCUGCAACGCGCUGUCAGAGCCAGGCAGGAGAUCGUCUUGUCGUCCGGGUCCAUCGGCAGUGCACAGCUGCUAAUGCUCUCUGGUGUCGGCCCACGCCUUCAUCUGGAAUCACUAGGUAUUCCGGUGAUAAGUGACCUUCCCGUCGGAGAGAACCUGCAGGAUCACAUAGGUGGCGCUGGUAUCAGCUUUAUGAUCAACGACUCUGUGUCCGUUGUCAGAAAAAGAUUCAACCCUAAGACGGCACUCGAUUACUUCAUUAAAGGCCAAGGCCCACUGACUGUGCCUGGAGGCGUGGAGGGCAUCAGUUUCAUCCGCACCAAGUACAACGCUCAAAACGCGGACUGGCCUGACGUCGAAGUGCACUUCGUGUCGAGCACUCCGGCAGCCGACGGAGGUCGCACCAUACGCCGCGUCAUGGGCAUGACAAACGAGCUAUUUGACCGCGUGUACCGCCCGUACCUGAACAUGGACGGCUUCACCAUGUACCCUGUGCUGCUGCGGCCAAAGUCACGAGGCUGGAUUCGCCUACGAUCCACCGAUCCAGAUGACUACCCGCUCAUCAAUCCCAGAUACCUGACGCGCAUUGAAGACGUCCUCGUUCUUGUCGAAGGCAUGAAGCAGCUGAUAGCCCUGGGCUACUCGGAGCCGUUUCGGAAGUACGAUGCGCAGAUCUUCGAGCCCGACUUCCCAGGCUGCGAGCCAUACGCUCCCUACUCGGACGAGCACUUGGCAUGCAUUGCUCGCACCUACACGGCUACCAUCUACCACCCGAGCGGAACGUGCCGCAUGGGACGCCCGGAGAUGCACACCACAGUUGUAGACCCACAACUCAGGGUCAAAGGAGUGCUGGGACUGCGCGUCGUGGAUGCUUCCGUAUUUCCUGAGAUCCCGUCUGCCAACACCAACGCCCCUGUCAUCAUGGUAGCCGAGAAGGCGUCCGACAUGAUCCGCCUAUCACGAAGGGCUGCGUGGGGCACUAACUAUUUGAACUGGUGGCUUUGGGCGCGCAGGAGAUGACGAACUGACUGAAAUGGCCUGAGGUACAAACAUAGGAAGACACUCAACCGUUCU